CAAAACUUCCACAGAUCUAGAAAUUGAUUACUUACGUGCCUGACUGGCCGGUGGUUUUACUACUGUAAGUAAUUGGUUUAUUGAUCUCAUUCAGGUAACCAAACUUCUAAGCUUAAUUUCCUAGAAAAAAGUAUACUUAGCAUCAAUAAACCGAUGAAAUAUUGGCAUGCCAAGAAAAGUGAAUUACAGUUACAAGUCAUAGACAUUGUUAGAGCAUUUAAUAUAUAGCCUUUCUAACACAUUGUUCAAUAAGAGUGUCGGAUUAGAGUACCAGUUACAUUUACUUCGGGGUUAUUAGAACAAGAGCUUCUAUCAAAAGAGAGAUCUGAUCAGCUUGCCAUUGUUGAAAAAAUGUUUGUAUCAAAGGAAUCCCUUCUUGGCUUCAUUGUUUUUACCUUUUUCCUUCUUUGCUGGAACCCGACACCCAUCAGAGCAAACGACGAUGGGGAAGUAGACUUUGAUUAUCGGGAAGACCACCCGAGAGGACCACAACACUGGGGAUACCUUAAGAAAGAAUGGAGCUUAUGCAAGGAUGGAAAAAGGCAAUCACCAAUAGAGAUAUGGGAAAAGAAUGCCAUCAAAGACAUCACAGAUUCAAAGGAUCUUAUAGUGAGUUAUAAGCCUGCAAAUGCAACUAUCAAAAAUGAAGAACAUGCUAUAUCGGUUUUAUGGGAGGGUGAUGCUGGCUCAAUUGAAAUCAAUGGCACAACCUACUUCCUCAAACAAUGCCAUUGGCACCACCCCUCUGAGCAUGUCGUUAAUGGCAGAAGGUUUGAUCUGGAAUUGCACAUGGUUCACAAAACUCAGGACAUGAACAAAAUAGCUGUAAUCGGAUUCCUCUACAACUUUGGCGCACCUAAUUCUUUUCUCACAAAGGUGACAGGACACAUCACUUCUUUGACUGAUGUACAAAAGGGGAUACCCUUAGGAGUGCUUGAUCCAAGGAAGGUGAAAAAGGGUCAACUCCAUUACAAGAUUGUGAAGCCAGAAAAGGCUGGCUCUAAAUUUUACAGAUACAUGGGCUCUCUCACAACCCCUCCUUGUGCUGAAGAGGUUAUUUGGCACAUAAACAAAAAGGUACAAACUGCUUCGAUAGAACAAGUGAAGCUACUUCAAGAUGCAGUUUUUGAUUUUGCGGCGAACAACGCAAGACCAUUACAACCUCUCAACGGCCGAGGAAUCAAGCUCUAUGGGGACUAUCAUUGACCUAGGGACGAGCUCAAUGAUUAGAUAAAAUUCUCAUUAGUUUCAUUCUGUACUGUACCAACUACAAUAAGUACUUACCCAUUUAAAUAAACUCAUUUCAUUCGCGCCAGGAAACUCUUAAUGUACGUACUUCAAAAGCUGUUGUUUCAGUUUAGUUUAUACCAAAAGGUCUAUACGU